AAGGCGAUCAUUGACAUUCUGGCCUACCGCACCGUUAGCCAGCGACAGGAGAUUGCGAAAAUCUUCAAGGCUUCGUACGGCGAGGAUAUCUACUCCAAGUUGCGCGGUGAACUGAGUGGCAACUUUCAGGAUGCUGUACUGAUGUCCUUCCGGGACAAGGCCCACAUCAACGCCUUAGCGCUGUACAAUGCCAUCACUGGUAUGGGUACCAAUGAUCGUGUUGUCAUACAGACUAUCUGCGCCUGUGACAAUCAGGAGAUGGAAGACCUGAAGAAGGCCUACGAAGACAGUAAGUGCAUAUCUACCUAA